AUGGAUAACGGUACAAUUUUAUCGGACAAACUCUCCAAGUGGAACAGUGACCUAGCCAGAGGACUGACUCCCAACAAUGUCAUCCUUUCUCUGUACAUCGUUAUAGGCGUGCUAGGAAACUCAACAGUGAUUCUGAUCUACGGCUUCAAGAUUAAAGGAAACAAAGAAGAUAGAUAUUUCAUCCCUUUUCUUGCAUUUGCGGACCUAUCAGCUUCCAUCGUUUGUGGCUCAUUCGGAAUUGCUUUAAAUAUGAUGCAGGCACAGUUCAACAACAAUAGUUUGUGUAAAGCCUGGUGGUUUUUCGCGUCCUACACAACAUUUUGUUCAAUCUUUUUACUCUUGAUUAUUGCCAUUCAUCGAUAUUUAAAGAUUUGCAGACCGCAAAGAAAACAAAUGACAUUGAAAUGGAAACGUUUUGCUAUGUGCCUGGUUUUGAUUAUAGCAUUUGCUCUCUCGGCUCCAAUGACUUAUUUCUAUGGUUCAGUCUCUUUUAAAAACGAAAAAGAAAACAUCGUUGGACUUAGAUGUAGUAGAUUGAAAACCACCCAUAAAUUAGCAUCGCAGAUAUUUGGAGGCAUCGCUGUACUCACUAUUAUUAUAGUUAUAUUUUCCUUCAUUUGUUUAUACUUGAGGAUAGGAUAUACCAUUAUCAAACACUUUAAGUACAGCAAGAAACAGAAAACUUACAACAACACAGAGAAACCAAGAAUGAACAACAAAAGGAAAGGUCCACAUUCAUGUAGUAAUGGACGCCUGAGAAACAUGGUCACUGAAGUAAAAUCCUUGAGAAGCAACGAAGAAGUACUUGCAGCAAGCAGAACUGGAGAUGCAAAACAAAGCGUGUUCGUGACAUGUGCAAAGCGAAGAAAGCAGAACAGGAGAGUUGUGCACAAAAUUACUCUUGUUUUUAUGCUAAUAACUGUUAUCUUUCUAAUUUGUUAUAUUCCGAAAGUAAUAAUCAUGUUGUUAGAAGCGAGAAGUGCUAGAUUCUGGGAGGAGUUUUCGGAUUCAGGUAGAGCUGGUGUUCUUUUCCUGUACAGAUUUUUCAUAAUCAACAACAUCAUAAAUCCAGUUAUUUAUGCGUUCAUGGACAAAAAGUUCUCGAGAAAAGUAAAAUUGUUAUGCAAAAUAUGUUCGUAAUAACCCUAACCCUAAACUACCCUUAGAAGUGCAAGUGCCACUGAUGUUUAACUAUGCAAUGAAUUACGUCAUUGUUUUUACUUAAUCAAAAUGUUUAUGACAAAUAUGUUUCACGUUUGUUAAUUUUGACAAUUAUCUUGGUUAGUUUAUUCUGAACUUAAUACAUGUAUUAUGUUGAGUUUUUUUUCUAUUUUUUAAUAGGAAAUUUAUUCCAGAGGUAAAUCUUAAUAAUCUUAAAUUAAUUGAUAGUUUGAAAACUGAGUUCUUGUAUCUGGUUGAGGUAUCUCUCUUUAUUUUAAAGUAUAUCGAAGAGCACAAAAUUGUUCAAAA